GGGCGUGGGAGACCCCAUGCCAUAUUUUAUUCUAAUUUUUAUUACAAGGAAUUGGUAAGCGAUGGGGAUCCCUGUUGCGGAGUAAAAAGGUGAAAAAAAGGGCCACCCAGAAAAGCAAUUGCCCAAAUUUGAGCGUGCGGGAAGGAUUAAAGCUAGGUUAGGAGGAAGAUGGGAGACUCAAUUCUCUCGUAUCUACAAUUCGCGUAUAAGAGCACAACUGGAUCCACAAGCAGCACUUCUGUUGUUCUUUACGCGGCUGGAAUCUGGAAUUGAAAUCUGAAAUCUGAAAUCUGAGGAAUCUGGAAGAGGGAGGAUGCAAUACGUGAAGGAGAAAGCAGUGAAAGAGGAGGAAGAGUGGGAAGCAGAGGGGGAGGGAGAAGAGGACGGGGGGGCCUGUGGGGGGCGGAUGAAGAUGAAGAUGAGAAUGAGGAUGAGGAUGAGGAUGAGGAUGAGAAUGGGGUGCCGGUGCUGGAAAUUGAGCAACUGCUGGUGGCCGGGGCAUGGGAGGACAUCGUCGUCGUGGUCGGGAGAGGGGGAUGAGGAGAGGGAAGGUAAGGAGAAGGGGAAGAAGGACGAGUGGGCGGCCGUGCCUGUUUUCACUGACUUCGGGGUGGAGCAGCUCAGAGCGGCCACGGGAGGCUUCCGUGCCGACAACAUCGUCUCUGAACAUGGCGAGAAGGCUCCCAAUGUUGUUUACAAAGGCCUACUCCACAGCCGUCCUAUUGCUGUCAAGCGCUUCCACAAAGCAGCUUGGCCUGAUGCGCGCCAAUUCAUGGAGGAAGCAAGGUCAGUGGGUCAACUUCGCCAUGAAAGAUUGGUAAAUUUGAUAGGAUGCUGUUGUGAUGGGGAUGAACGAUUACUUGUGGCAGAAUAUAUGCCGAAUGAUACCCUGGCCAAACACCUCUUUCAUUGGGAGGUGCAACCUAUGCAAUGGGCAAUGCGGUUAAGGGUUGCUCUUCACUUGGCACAGGCACUGGAAUACUGCAGUAGCAAAGGGAGGGCUCUCUAUCAUGAUCUUAAUGCUUACAGAAUCUUGUUUGACCAGGGUGGCAAUCCCAGGCUUUCAUGCUUUGGUCUCAUGAAGAAUAGUAGAGAUGGGAAAAGUUACAGCACAAAUUUGGCUUUCACUCCUCCCGAAUACUUGAGAACUGGGAGAGUGACACCUGAAAGUGUAAUCUAUAGUUUUGGGACGCUUCUGCUGGAUCUCUUGAGUGGGAAGCAUAUUCCACCAAGUCAUGCACUUGAUCUUAUAAGAGGUAAAAACUUUUUGCUGUUGAUGGACUCAUGUCUAGAAGGUCAUUUCUCCAAUGACGAUGGAACUGAGCUAGUGCGCUUGGCUUCACGAUGCCUACAAUAUGAGCCUCGUGAGAGGCCUAAUGCAAAAUCUCUUGUAGCAGCACUUUCUUCACUUCAGAAACAAAUAGAGGUUCCAUCACAUGUCUUGAUGGGGAUAUCAAAAGAAGACAUAUCCUUAGAUCAACCACUUGUUUUAUCUCCACUUGGUGAAGCAUGUUCCAGAAUGGAUCUCACUGCCAUACAUGAAAUUUUGGAAAAAGUUGGGUACAAAGAUGAUGAAGGGACAACUAAUGAACUUUCAUUUCAGAUGUGGACCAAACAAAUGCAGGAGACCUUGAAUUCAAAGAAGCAGGGAGAUGCUGCUUUUCGAGGAAAAGAUUUUGUGACUGCAAUUGACUGCUAUUCUCAGUUCAUUGAAGUUGGAACAAUGGUAUCACCAACGGUCCUUGCGAGACGUAGUUUAUCUUAUCUUCUGAGUGACAUGGCACAAGAAGCUCUUGGUGAUGCUAUGCAAGCGCAGGUUGUCUACCCAGAUUGGCCAACAGCAUUUUAUCUUCAAGCUGCUGCCCUUACUAGCCUUGGGAUGACACGUGAUGCACAAGAAAUGCUGAGGGAGGGUGCAGCAAUUGAAGCAAAAAGGCAAAGUACUGGGUAAAGAUGGUGAACAGGAUUAGAUUCAUGACAUGAUCAAAAUCCACGAUUGUGUGUGCAGUGUACAAGCUGGAGGCAUGUAGGUCAACAAGCUGCCUGCUUGCUUCCUAGUGAUGCCAGCAUCAAUUCAUUUUGAUGGUUCUCCUAUUCUCAAAGUCAAUUAUUGAUGCCAACCUUGUUGGGAUUCUGGAGUCUUGUCUACGGCCUCAGGUGAUUUGUAUAGAGCGAGUUUUAAUACAGAAAUCAAGUGUUCUGGAACUGUGAUGGUGUGAAGUUUGGCUGAUGUUUUUGAAUGCUUUCUGUAAGUUUUAUACUUUUUCAAGUGUAUCAGAAGUUUAUUAAAAAGUUGCCUUGUACUUGCUCAGAUACAUGCAAAUUGCCAGCAACAUAAUUUUAAACUGUAACUUUCUAGAAAAGAUUAUUUAUGUGAAUAAAGCAGAGUCAAAUUGUUAAUUAAA